UCCGGCGCUUGGGCGUGACGGCGGCUGACGGCGACUUCCACGCGGUUCCCAGCAGCUUUCGCUUGUCCCAGGGACUCCUCUGAGAAGAUGCCGAAAGCCAAGUCCGCAGCGAGUAGCCGCCGGCGGGAUCGUCAGGAGCAGCGACAGGAGCUGAAGCGAGCUGGAGGACUCAUGUUCAACACAGGGGUCGGACAACACAUUUUGAAAAAUCCUUUAAUUGUUAACAGCAUCAUCGAUAAGGCUGCUUUAAGACCGACUGAUGUGGUGCUGGAAGUUGGGCCUGGGACUGGUAACAUGACUGUCAAGCUGUUAGAAAAGGCCAAAAAGGUAGUUGCCUGUGAACUCGAUCCAAGGCUCGUAGCUGAACUUCACAAAAGAGUCCAGGGCACGCCUCUGGCCAGCAAACUCCAGGUCCUGGUGGGAGAUGUAUUGAAAUCGGAUUUGCCAUUCUUUGAUGCUUGUGUGGCAAACUUGCCUUAUCAGAUCUCCUCUCCCUUUGUCUUCAAGUUGCUGCUCCACCGGCCAUUUUUCAGAUGUGCUAUACUUAUGUUUCAAAGAGAGUUUGCUCUUCGUUUGGUUGCCAAGCCGGGAGAUAAAUUAUACUGUAGACUCUCCAUCAAUACACAGCUUUUAGCGCGCGUGGACCACCUAAUGAAGGUGGGGAAGAAUAACUUCAGACCGCCCCCCAAGGUGGAGUCUAGCGUGGUAAGGAUAGAACCUAAGAAUCCGCCACCACCGAUCAAUUUUCAGGAAUGGGAUGGCUUAGUAAGGAUCACUUUUGUUCGGAAAAACAAGACACUGUCCGCUGCAUUCAAAUCAAGUGCAGUACAACAGCUGUUGGAAAAAAACUACAGAAUUCACUGUUCAGUACAGAAUACUGUAAUACCAGAAGAUUUCAGUAUAGCAGAUAAAAUACAGCGAAUCCUAACCAGCACAGGUUUUAGUGACAAACGGGCCCGUUCCAUGGACAUAGAUGACUUUAUCAGGUUGCUACAUGGAUUCAAUGCAGAAGGUAUCCACUUCUCCUAGCCACUUGAAAACAAUUUUCUCAAGACCAAGAAAAAAAAUGAAAGUAUAUAAUCCUAAUAUUUGAGAAUACCACUAAUUUUGUUCUACAGGACAUCAUUUACUUCUUAAAUUAUUUAAUAAUACUUUUAUACCAUUUAUUAUCCUGUAUGUGAAAGGUGGUUGAUGUGUUUUAAAUAUACUGCAAAGGGCAGGGUUCAAUAUAAAUAGAAUGGCCUUCCAAGUUUGAAAGCCGCAGACUCGCACAACCAUACACUUAUGCUUUCUAACAUUGUAUUUGAUGAAGAUGGUACUUUGAUUCACUGUGUUUUAGACUGUGACGCUCACUUAGGCCUGCAGCUCACUCAACUAGUCAUAAAGUCCCCAUACUACUCUUCAUUCACAUAUACUGUAAGGAACUUAAUGUGACUUUUCUUCACACACCUUCAUCCUAUAUAUAUAUAUAGUUCCUAUGUGUUAAUGUUUGCCUGUUGCAACACAAACAACAUUAUAAUUCUAGGAGCUAGAGUCUGAUGCAGUGACACAGUACAGGCAUGUUCUGCAUAUGACUCUACCUGUGAAAGCAGAAGCCUGAAAAAAACUAACUCAUGUUAAAUCAUGUAUUUUCUUAAGGGAGACAAGAUCUACAAUUUUCAGAUUUAGAAAAAUUCUGGAGGGUUUUGUCAAUCAAGCAGGUUAUUAAUUUAUGAUUUAUUCCCUUUCUUGAAUGAGAGGGUCUUUUUGAGGUUGGCUUUAAUCUCAGAAUCUUGCCUCAGCCCCUAAAUUAAUUCUGGGAUUGCACUUGUGUACUGCAAAGAAGUUUUCCAGUUUCAGUUUUAGCUCUUUAAAGAACAGACUACAACUACAGGCUCCUGGUUAUUCCUGACUUCAAGAUAAUUAAAAUUCUACUACCUGAAUAUUGUCAGAUAGAAGAUAAAUGCUGUUUAUAUAUUUUAAUAAAUUAGUUUUAUUUAUAUAAGGAAAUUAAACUAGCUUCAUUGGA